AUGUUUACAAUCACAAAGCUUUCCCACCACGAGUGCAGUAUCUGCCACAAAUGCUACACAAACAAGAAACUUGUAGCCAAGUGUAAAGUUCAGUGCCUGGAAAAAGUUUAUAAAGAGAUGAAUAACACCCAAAGCUUGCAAGUUGCUUCUGUUUCUGAGCAGAAAAGUACCAACAUGAGCAUUAACAAGGAUAAUAAUCCUUCCAUUAUCAACGAAAUUGAUGAGCCCAUGUAUGAUAUUGAGCAUGAGUAUUCUAUGGAAAAUGAUUUGGCAAUCAUAGAUGUUACUGAAAAUACCAUUGAUGAUACUUCUUCUCAGUUGGUCUAUGACUUUAGUGCUCCUGUUCCUGUUUCUGGCUAUGACGAUGCAAAGAAUCUUGAGCUUAUGAAGAUCAUAAAGGAGUUUGACAUUUCCCAGAAGGCUCACAUUAGUCUGGCAAAAAACUUCAAUGAAAUUCUCAGCAGAUCAAGUGAGAUAUCAUACAGAGCUUGCACUCUCUACCUUGAUACCAAGCUUCUUUCUCGAUUUCUUGGUGUUGAUGAGGAGACAUACCACGUUUGUUGCAAUGGGUGUAUGCUGUACAACAAUGAUCAGCAAACGGAGUGCCCAUAUUGUGAUAAAGCCUGUUACAAGACUGGUGAUAGAAGCCAAGAUGCUGGUGAGGAUCCAAUUCCUGCCAGCACAAUGAUACAGCUUCCUCUGGAUAGACAGCUUGCAGUUGCUUUGGCCAACGACCGCACCAGAAAAGAGAUGUUUAAGGAUGGCUGCCGCAUCUGCCACGUUGUGGGUCGAUCUCCUGGCCAUGGCCAAUAUUUUCGAAUGCCAUCUGCCAUCACCAUGUGCACACUGGAAAGUUUCAAGCACUUUGAUGAGGUGGCCUCAUCUAGCAAAAAAGGGUUAACUGGCCAAUCUCCCUUCUCCUUACUGGAUUCCUUCUCUGGUCUGUUCUUCUUUGCAUUAGAUGAAAUGCAUGACAUUUGUCACGGCAUUGGCAAACAGGUCUGGGGGCUCAAAGAAAUUGGUACUGCCAUGGUAUCAACCAGAAGAAGUAUUCUGACAUCUUUCCACGGUGCAUGGAUCAGCAUUGCAACAAGAUCAGGAUACUUCCGGGCUGUGGACUGGGCUGACUUCAUCUUGUUUGUUAUCCCCACGCUUGUGGCAGAGCAUGUCCGUGACCAAGCUGCCCGUAAGGCAUUGCUUGACCUGGUGCAGACAUGCAACCUACUCAUGAGCUGGGAGUUAUCAGCAGAGGAGAAAACCUUGAUCAAAACAAAUCUUGUUGCAUGGAAUGCGUAUCUGGAAGCCUCGCUAGCUAAAGGAGAGGUCCAGCUCAAGGUCUUUACGAUCAACCAGCACCUCCUGCAGCACUAUUCCGCAAUGAUAGAAGCGUAUGGUCCCCCCAGAGCGUAUAGUGCACGAUCUGUCGAGAGGGCGAUUGGGGAAUACUCACGAGCAAUAAAGACAACAGUAACAGCAACAACUGUCCUUCAGUAUGACAAUCCCUCUGCUGGUUGGCUAAUUGACCAAGAAGGUAGUAAUGUUGGUACUGAUUCUGACAUUGAGUUCUGGGGGCCUUUGAGGAACAGAACGAUUGUUGAUAGUUUUGGAGGCAUUUCUUGUCUUCCAGAGCUUCUUCAAAAGUUCUACAGAUCAAAGGGGAAAGAGUGUAGUAUGAUUGAAGCAGCCAUUAAAACAAGUUGUAAGGCAUUUGUAAAUGGUUGUGUUAUUGACUCUGCACUCGACCAUAAUUGUGUAAGAGAGGCACAUAAUGUCAGACUUCAGGUUCAGGUUAAUGAGAACUGCAACAUUGGGCAAAGCUACUCUCCAGUCUACAAGGAUUUCUUUGGGAAGAUUGUCGUUUUCUUUGAGCACAAGCUCAACAACAAGAGGUGGCCACUUGUCCUUGUCAAUGUUUAUGCAGUUCGUUUAGUAAAUAGUAUACCAGCAAUCAACAAUGGGCAAAUGAAGCCAAUGGUAGUUCACCUGGCAGAUGUCAAAGAAUUAGUUGGUUUGGUGAAGUCAGACGCGACUAUAAGCACAAUAACAACAACAGCAACAACAUAUGUAGUGUGGCCAGAGCUUAACCACAGCCCAAAACUGUCACUUGGUUCUCUUGCAGACUUAUAA